AUGAAGUUUCCUGUUGUCGUCGUCGCCGCCCUUUCAUCCAUCGCCGCGACGGUGGUCGAGGCGGAAUGCAAGCCAUUCACGAAUCACUGCGCGCCAAACGGCCAAGAAUGGUACCUGUGCAAUACAAAGGGCGAAUGGGAGGUUGACGGCUGCUGCCCGGACGGCACCGUCUGCGAAAACCCCUACGCUCGGGUGAUCAUUUGUACAGUUCGGGCGACCCGCGUGGCGGCGUGUCCGGCUCCUCAGUGCGUUUCCGGAACAUAUCGAUGCGUACCGUCCGGAGACGGCUGGCAGGUGUGCAAUGAGAGAGGAUACUGGCUGUUUGAACGUCGCUGCAAGGACGGGAGAAGGUGCAAAAUAAACCCAUCCAGUGGCGAACCUAGCUGCGAGUUUGUUGAAUAG